CUGUGGCUGAACGCCAUGAGGCCGGACAAGGCGGCACGUGCAGCGGCAGCGGCGGGGGAUGCCGAGGGCGUACUGAACGCCGGUGGCGGCUCGAUCGCUUCAGCAGCCCUUGUCUCUGCCCCGUCGGCUUCAUAGACCAGCCCUCGUCCACCACAUCUCGCUCACCUCCUCCUCCCCUUCCUUGCUCUAUCUGCUAGCUCACCAUGGGUAAUGAUGGAGGAAGUAUCCCAGACCGCCGGGACCUGGUCAAGAACAAGGCAAAGGCAGAGCAGCCUGACAAAGCCAAUCAGACACGCGCGAGGUGGUUCUUUUGUGCACUGUCAAAGCGUCCUCUCGAGGAACCGAUCGCCUCCUGUCCAUUAGGCAAGCUAUACAAUAAAGAUGCAGUACUAGAGUAUCUAUUGGACAGGAAUGCUUACGGGGACGGCGAAGAGAUAUGCGGGCAUAUAAAGUCACUGAAGGACCUCAAAGAGCUCAAGCUCACUCGGAACACGGGAAAGUCCUCCGUUUCUGACGGCACUCCAAACGGCGUGGACGGCACAGCCCGCGCGCCGUUCAUGUGCCCUCUGAACUACAAGGAGAUGAACGGCUCACAGCCCUUCGUCUGCAUCUCGACGUGUGGCUGUGUCUUUUCUCUGUCCGGUCUGAAAGCAGUCAGCGGCGCUGCUUCUCCCGGAAACUCUGACGGCCAGCUGGACGCCGACGUGAAGGGCAAGGAGAAGGAGCAGAACGGAGAUGGCAAGCAGCUAGACAUGUGCCCUCAGUGUGGGGCAAAGUAUGACCGUACAGCGGACGUGGUCAUGCUCAACCCGCCACCAGCAGAGGAGGAGAAGAUGCGGGAGGCAAUGGAACGGCGGCGAGCGACGGAGCCGCAGAAGACGAAGGGGAAGAAGCGGAAAGCGAAGGCUCAGGCUGCGGAAGGCGCGAGCGACAAACCUGCGGAAAAGAAGAGGAAGCAGGGGUCGCCCAUGCCCAGCACGAAUCCGAGUAUGGCUGCAGCGAGCAGAGCCGUCGUUCAGAGUCUGGCGGAGGAGGAGGCAAAGCGGAAGGCGACCAUGAGUCAGGCGGUCAAGUCCCUCUAUGGGCCGUCGACCACUGGCAAGGAGACCUUCAUGACUAUGGGCACGUUCACUAGGUAUGCUUGAUGUAGGGCUUCGCUUCGGACUUGUACACCAUUGUAUACUAUACGCUCAUUCCCACCGCUGUUGGAACGGAUAACGUUAGUUGGUCCGAGAGUUCGAGGUGUGUGGGCGAGUGCCAUUCGUGUCAGUGAAAGGUUACCAGCGCUCAUGAGGAUUACUGACCGCACAUUUCAUACCUCUAGUCUACAAGUCAUAGCCUGUACCUAGGCGUCCUACGAUAC